AUGGCGUGUUCAAAAAUAUUUUCAGGAGAAUUACCCGAAUUAUUAAGCGAUAUUAUGCAAUAUUUUCGGAAUGAUUUUUCAACAUUACAUUCUUGUAUCUUAGUCAAUAGAUUAUGGUGUCAUUUGGCAAUUCCAUUAUUAUGGGAAAAUCCAUUUUCAAUUAUAUCUCAUAAAAAUUAUUAUAACAUUGAAUAUCAUGAAAUUCGUUUUAUUGAAAAUUAUUUGAUUAAUUUAAAUGAUAAUGAUAAAAUAAAAUUAAAUGAAUUUGGUAUAAAUCAUUUAACUCCUUCAAAUACAUUAUUUAAUUAUCCUAGUUUUAUUCAACAUUUAGAUGCUCAUUUGAUUGGUGAUUGUAUUGAAAACUGGGUUGCAGCUGUUAAAAAAAAUGAACAAUGUUUAUUAUUAUUUCUUAAGAAUACACAAAAUUUAGAUUUCAUAAAAUUUUUUCAUAAAUUAUUAAUUAAAAUAUUCAUUGAAAAUAAAGCAAAUUUAUAUGCUUUUGAUAUUACAUAUCAUCAUAAAUAUUUUGAUAUUAAUUCUGAAUCAGUUUUACAAAGUUCAAAUUUCAUUUAUAAUAUCAAAAUUCUUUAUCUUGAUAUUAAUGCUCCUUUAUUAAAAUUUUUAAGUUCUAAUUGCAAUUCAAUUUCAUCACUUCAUAUUUCAAAUUUUGUUAAGUAUAAAGAUAGUACAGCUAUUGAAUAUUUAUCACAAUUAAUUAAAUCACAAAAAAAUCUUAAAAAAAUUUGCUUUAUUGAUGAAAUUCCUCCAAUAUUAUUGAAUUCUAAUUGUUCAAAUACUUUAAACACAAUUAUAUUUUGCGAUAUUGAUUUUAAAGAUAUAAAUAAUUUAAAUGAAGUAUUUGAAGAAUUAAAUGUUUUAGAAUCUAUUCAUAUUAUAAAUUGUUAUUCUUUAGGUUCUAAUUUUAUUCAACAAAUAAUUAAUUCAAUUAAACCAUUUAAAUUAAAAUCUUUAAUUAUAGAUGAAAUAUUCGAGUCAAUAGAUUUAUUAUUACAAAAAUCUGGAGAUUAUUUGGAAAAUUUUGGAUUAUCAUUUGAACCUAAUACAUUUUAUUAUGGUGUAUCAGAUUCACAAUUCCUUGAGUCAAAAUCAAAAAUACUUAAAUUAAUUACAAGAUAUUGUACGAAAAUUAAAUUCUUUAAACUAACUGAAUUUAGUAAUCAGAACAUCUAUUUAACAUUCAACUUAAUUGAAAACAUUAAACAAAACCUUAAUUAUCUUACUAUUGAUACAAAUUACGAUUUUGGAUCAGGUUUAGAUACUGAACUUGGAUCAAUUAUACUGCAAAAUUUAGGUCAAAUACUUCCUUUUAAAUUAGAAUAUUUAGAUUUGACUCUUGUUAUGAAUACUACAGAUUUUGAAAUAUUUUUGAUAAAUUCUCACAAUACUUUUAUCGAGAAGUUAUUACUUAGUAAUAAAAUGGAUAGAAAACGAGAAAAAGUUGGGCAAGACAAUAUGUUAUACAAUAUAAAAGAAUAUAUUAUGAAAAUGAAAAGAGUUAAAUACUUUGCUUUUAAAAAUCAUUUUUUCACUGAUGCUUAUGGUCAUAAAGAAUUAUUUUAUCUGAAAGAUGAAGUAAAGGAGUUUAAGUUAUAUAAUAUAGUAAUCCAAAAUUAUAAUGAUUUGAAAAUUAAAUUUUUCGAAUUUAUAAGUGAUUAA